AUGUCGACGCUCGCAGACUCAUUCCUGGAGGACCUGGACGAGCUCAGCGGGGGCAGCAGCGACGAGGAGGAGACGCCGACGACCUCGUCCGAGCUGGGAGCCGCAUCAGUCGCUGGCGUAGAGGCUGAAGACGACGACGACGAUGACGGCGAUGCGCAGAUGCCCGAGGCCUCUGCCGCCAGCCAGUCACGCGCCGCCAAGCGUAAGCGCCCCGACACAGAGCAGGAGCUCGCAGAGGAGAAGACCGAGGUCCUCGCGGAGUCGCUGCGCUCCAGUGUGAAGCAGCGAGGCGUGGCGGCCGUCGCGUCGCUCAAGCGCUCGUCCAAGUACUUGGCACACGUACAAAAGAUCCAGCAGUACGUGGAUGUGGACGACGCCGCCGACGCUUCCGCGUCCUCAGCCAAGCCCCAGCCUCUGGAGGAAGGCAGCGCUGAGUACGAACUGGUGGUGACGUCCAACGACCUGAUGGUGCAGAUCGACGACGAGAUCGAGGCCGUGCACCGGUUCAUCGCCGAGAUUUACGCCGCCAAGUUCCCGGAGCUGGACUCGCUCGUGCCCAACGCUCUGGACUACGCCCGCGUGGUCAAGGUCAUCGGCAACGAGAUGGACUUGACAGUGGUGGAGGAGUUGCCCAAGUUGCUGCCCAGUUCGGCGGUGAUUGGAAUCUCCGUGACUGGCUCGGGCACCAGUGGCAAACCGUUGGAACCCGAGGACUUGAAGACGUGCAUGGAAGCUUGCGACGAGUUGCUGUCGCUGGAUAAGGACAAGAAUAUGAUCCUGCGCUUCGUGGAGAGCCGCAUGAAGUACUUGGCUCCGAACAUGUCGCAACUGGUGGGCACACGUAUUGCGGCGCAGCUCAUUGGACUUGCUGGUGGUGUGGCGCAGCUUGCACGUAUUCCGUCGUGCAACUUGCAAGUGCUGGGGCAGGAGAAGAAGGUGCUCAGUGGGUUUUCCUCGGCUGCGGCGUUGAAACAUACGGGUGUCCUGUUCUUUUGCGAUCUCGUGCAGAGUGUGCCUCCAUACUUGCGCAUGAAGGCGUGCCGGGGUGUAGCUGGUAAGCUAGCCUUGAUGGCACGCGUCGAUAGCCAGCCUCACCAAAAUGAUACGGAGGGCCUAGUGGGCGCGCGCUUCCGCACCGAGCUUGCUGGGAAGAUGGAGAAGUGGCAGGAGCCGCAGAAGGCCAAGACCAAGAAGGCUCUGCCCAUUCCCGACGAGAAACCGCGCCGGAAGCGUGGUGGCAAGCGCUACCGCAAGAUGAAGGAGCGGCUGCAAAUGACAGAUGUGCGGCGUGAAAUGAACCGUCAGUCUUUUGCAACCGCUGACGAAGAGUAUGGUGACAACGCCAUGGGAAUUACGACCGGCCGUCUUGGCCAGGAAGGGUCAGGCAAUUUGCGUAUUAUGCGCAAGGAGCAAAAGCAGUCGACCAAAAAGUUGCGCGCUGCAAACUUUGCCGCAUCCUCUGCCAGCAAGCCUCCACUUUCUGGACUGGCAUCGAGUCUUGCCUUCACACCUGUGCAGGGCAUUGAGCUCAUGAACCCCGAAGCUGCGAAGGCACGUGUUGCCGAGGCAAACAAAAAGUAUUUUUCUGCAGCUAGUGGAUUCGUCAGUGUGGUCAAGAAGCCGUAA